AACCAAUCUGUCGUUCAGCUAUCCAUCCAGCGAGCAAAUUUCUGCUGUGUUUCUCCACCCCACGUUAUCUGUACAAGACACUGAACAAUCACAUACUAGACACAGCAAGAGGCUGCACACAAGCAGCAAGACUCUGUGUCAAUCAUGUUGUUGUACUACGCAAAUGUCACCGUCUAUGCCCAAGCUGCAACGUCCCUUGCACAGCUGGACAUUCUGGUCUGUACCUUCUUCAUCUGUGUCUUCCAGAACCACAGCGACAACUGCUCCGUGGCCUAUUCCUUUCCCCAGAGGAAUCAUCCACUGAUCUGGGAUGAAAUGGGACCAUCUUCCUGGGCACCGAUGAACGAAUCCUUUGAUGUACCAAGCAAUGAAAGAUACAAACUGUUUAACCACUCGUUGCGAAUCCUUGCUUUUCAGAAUCCGGCAGAGGCUGACAAGCAUGUGUAUUCCAAUGCUAAGACUAUAUUGUAUGGUUUUGUCCUGCCUGUCCUUCAACUGCUAGGGAUCCUAUCCAUUCUGUCUUUUUUCUUUACCCUUUGCAGAGUUACCUCCAUGCGGAAUAUCACUAAUUUCUAUCUGACUAAUUUGGCUGUUGCAGAUUUGAUGGUCUUGAUUGCAGAGGCCACUCAUCAGCAAUGUGUGGCUUUGACAACACAAAUUGACUGGGAUGUAUCAUAUUUGGGGAACUCAGCCCAAGCAGUUCUUACUCUCUUAAUCUACACUAGGGAUGUGGGUGUUAUUUCAUCUAUAGCCUUUGUAACACUGCUGUCUUAUGAUAGAUAUUUUGCCAUUUGUCACCCUUUCCAACACCGUAAUCUCAAUCUGAAGCGACGGGCAAUGCGAGCAGCAGUUUGCAUAUGGUUUUUGUCUUUUCUCAUGAAUUUGACUGAUUUCUUUUGUCAAUAUCUGACCUUGAAUGGACCACCAAUCAAAUGUCUUGUUUGGCCAACUGAAGAAAAGUAUAAACAUCUAUCAAGUAAUGUGCGGUUGUUUUUGAGCAAUGAUGCAACAUGGCUCACUUUGAAUAUGGUUUUCCCGUACAUGUAUUUCUGUGUAUUCAUGUUGAGUUUGAUCCUCACAGUCACUUUCAACAUGCUCCUUAUUAAAGGACUGCAUGCACCAAAUCCAACUGGUGAUCAGAUCCGAGGUCCGUCAAAACAUCUACGAAGAGUUACUCUGAUACUUGGCAUUAACACAGCCGUGGUAUUUGUCUGUUUUCUGCCCCAAGCUAUAUCUGCCCUAAUGGGAAUUUUAGUGCGAAUCAGGGAAGAACUGGAUGUAAAUGAUGAUGUGAAAUGGAAGUUUAUUUUGAUGACUGCUUGCCUCAGAGUCAUUAACUCUUCCAUAAAUUCAGUCAUAUUCAAUGCUGGUAGUGGAAGGUACAGGAAGGCCUUUAAGCAAGCCUUCUGCUGCAGAAAGAGGCAGCAAGUACCAACAAACAAUAUCCCUCUGCAGACAUUACCAAGAGCGGAUCCUGCAGAUAGGAUCAGAUCAUAGGAUCCAAAAACAAAACUCCCCCUCAA